AUGGCUCCCGAGGCUUCCUUCGCCGAGUGCCAUGAGCUCAUCGAGGAGAUGCGUCGCAUCUACGCCACGGACGAGGAUGCGCUUAAGGUUAGGGCGCUGAAUCAGCAGUUUAAGGAGGUGCGGAAGCUCUGCGAGGACCGCGAGGCGCACAUGCAGACGGUCAUCAAGGAGAUGGUGAAGCGCGUGGCGGAUGCGGAGAAGAGGGCGACCCCGUCGGAGUCCCCUUCCGAACAUCAGAAGCGCAUCGCGCAGGUCGAGGCGGAGAAGCGCGCCGCGGGCGAGUUUCUCACCCACAUGGAGGCUGAGGCUCAGGCCCUGGAGCACAUGCAGGCGGAGCUCAAGUCGCAGAGCGCCAACCUCAAGGUGAAGAAGCAGGAGGUUGACGCCAUCGAGAUGGACGACGUGCCCAGGGCGAAGCACGAGCUCUCGCUUUACGCGCACAUAUCCAAGAUCUCGUGGCAGUACGAGACCACGGACAGGAUCAAGGGUCGGGUGAACGCGCACGAGGGGAAGGACCUGCAGGUGAUCGACUACGCCGUCGGGGAUAGGUCGGAGUACCAGCUCGCAAACGACCUCUGGAACCUCAUAGACUGA